AGGCAUCAAAGUGCGCAGUUUCGACUCGUUUGCUCUCAUUCGUGGCAUGAUGGAUGCCUUUGGGCGCUUUGAUGUCAAUCAAGACGGUGGCAUCAGCCGGGAGGAGUUUGCGCAGAUGAUGGCUGGUGGGGGUCUGGCACAGCAAUUUGGUGGAGGCGGAGGAAAUGUGAUGUACGGUGCCCCUGCUCAAGCAUACUCCAUGCAGCCCGCGGCCACAACUAGUUACACCCCACAGCCUGCAGCAUACACUGCGCAGCCGGCUACCUAUGCGGCUCAGCCAGCUACCUAUGCAGCUCAGCCAGCUACCUAUGCGGCUCAGCCGGCAACAUACGCUGCUCAGCCUGCGACGUACGCAGCUCAGCCUACCUAUGCUGCUCAGCCAGCUACUACCUAUGCAGCUCAGCCAGCCACCUACGGUGCUCCGGCCACUUUCACGGGUGAGCCAUCAUACUCCGUCCCGCAGGGGACAACUUACGGUGCGUCACAGCCGAUGCCUGUCAGUUAUGGCCCCCCCAUGAUGUCAUCUCCGUUCCAGCAGCUUGAUGCAAACAACGAUGGUGCACUUUCGAGGGAGGAGUUUGCCGCAUACAUGGCAACAGGUCCUGCCACAACAUACUCUGCGAUGCCAGCUCAGGCGUCUUCAGCUGCAAUGGCAGCACCCAGCUACACCACAACUCCAUCGUACCUAGCACCCCAGAGCGGCCCUGCCAUGACGUACUCAUCAAGUCCGUCCUACAUGACACCUCAAACCUACGCACCACAGAUGGAAGCCAUGCCCGUGACGUACGGCACACCGGCUACAUACACCACACCUGCUCAAGGUUCCUACGCACCUCCCAUGCAGGCAGGAACUGCAUCGUACACCCCGCAACCCUGCGGAGGGCCAAGCUACGCGACAGCGUUUGGGCAGCUGGACAUGAACAACGAUGGUGUCCUUUCCAGGCAGGAGUUUGCAGCGUACGCUCCCCAGAUGGGCCAGAUGGGCCAGAUGGGCCAGAUGGGCCAGAUGGGCCAGAUGGGCCAGAUGGGCCAGAUGGGCAGCUACGCACCCAUGCCUGCCCCGCAGCAAGAUCUGAGCUAUGUUGCACCUGUGCUGGGGCAGCCUCAGCCAGCUCAGCCAGCUCAGCCAGCUCAGCACCAAAUGGCACCAGUCUAUGCUGCGCCAUGUCAGUCAGCACCAGCCCCAGAGACAAAGCCACCUCAGGGGCCGCCUCAGGGCAUGAUCUAUGCAGCCCCGGCAGCACAGCCAGCGCAACCCGCGCAGCCCCAGCCAAGACAGGACAUGAUCUACGCUGCCCCGGCUGCGCAGUCGACGCCAGCCAUGCCCCAGAUGCCCAGCUAUGUGCCACCAGCGCAGAUGACACAAGCGCCCUCCAUGUUUGGUGCCCCGAACAUCUUCCAACAGCUGGACAUGAAUCAAGAUGGUGUGCUGUCAAGGGAGGAGUUUGGAGCAUACUCGCAGAUGCAGAUGCCACAGCUCGGCUUUUCUGCCCAGCCAAGCUACACGCCAGCCCCAGCCCCAGCCACUUACACGAUGCCAGCCCAAACCUAUGCACCAGCACAGCCUGCCCAAGGUGCGUCGACCCAGGUGUCUGCUCCCAUGACAUACAUGGCUGAGCCGCAGCCAGCCACAUACUCUGCUCCCAUGACAUAUGGCUCCCAGGCUCCGCAAUAUAUGACACAACCUGCUGAGUAUGCUCCUGCACCGGCAGAAUACUCAGCUUCACAGCCUGUUCAAUAUUCGGCGCCAAUGGAGUAUAUGACUAGCCCGGCUCAAUACUCUGCGGCACCCGUGCAAUACUCCACGGCACCUGCAGAAUACUCUGCCCCGACUCAGUACUCGGCAGCACCGGCUCAGUACUCCGCAGCCCCCGCCCAGUACGCGCAGUACUCGGCAGCACCGGCAGAGUACUCGGCAGCGCCGGCUCAGUACUCAGCGAUGCCGGCUCAGUACUCCGCAGCCCCUGCUCAGUACUCGGCAGCGCCGGCUCAGUACUCGGCAGCACCGGCUCAGUACUCGGCAGCGCCGGCAGAAUACUCGGCGAUGCCGGCCCAUACUCGGCAGCGCCGGCACAGUACUCGGCAGCCCCGGCACAGUACUCAGCAGCGCCAGCAGAAUACUCGGCGAUGCCGGCUCAGUACUCGGCAGCGCCGGCACAGUACUCGGCAGCCCCGGCCCAGUACUCAGCAGCGCCAGCAGAAUACUCGGCGAUGCCGGCUCAGUACUCGGCAGCGCCGGCCCAGUAUUCAUCAGCACCGGUUCAGUAUUCUGCAGCACCAGCUCAGUACGGAUCAGCACCGGCUCAGUACGGAUCAGCAAUGCAGUAUCCCUCGGGCCCAGUACCAGUGCAGUACGCCGGCCAGUCUGCUGCAGCCAAUGCGCAGUGCCGAAAUUGUGGCAACGUUUUCCUGCCUGAUGCAGUGUUCUGCCGAAAGUGUGGCACGAAGCGGGAGGUUGACAUGUUCGCGCAGAUGGAUGCAAAUGGCGAUGGAAUUCUGUCGCGGGAAGAGUUUGCAGCAGCCGCUGGCAGAUUCUAGAGGAGAUGUUGGUUGCCUCCACAAUGAAUAUCUUUGGCUUCACAGUUGGUGAGCACGUCCGCGAGGUGUGAUUACCCACGGCGAAUUGUUUUGAUAGUGAGCCCGCUCCAUACCAGGACCUCAGGAGCGGGCGGGGGCGAGCUGCAAAUGAGCUU